GGUCCAGGGAAGGGGGCUUACCAGGGAUAAUUUGCAUAAUUUGGGUGGAGCCUUGUAAGGGGCGGGGCCUCAUAAAUUCUAGGGCUAAUUCUAGGGUGGAAGGUUGGGAAGGUGACCCUGAAAAACGUGGGGGAUUAUGAUUGGAGCACCUAUGUUGGGGUAGGGGAUAAUUCUUCAAGGGUCUUAGUGAUGCUUCUCGAAUGCCCAAGGGAGAAUUUGGGGGUAGAAGUGGGUGGUCUAGGUGACUUUGGAACUUCCUCCACGUUCCCCCACUCAGAAUUAGACUAAUUGAGGACAUUCAUUCAUUCAACAAACAUUUACUGAGCUCCUACUUCGGCUCUGUAAAUAGAGAAGUGACCAAGACAGACAAGGGCUGUGUUCUUUUGGAGCCUGCAGUCUCUUGACAGCAGAGAGACAAUAAAGGAGAGUUACUGUGAUCUGUUCUAUAAAGGAAAUAAAAAUUCAGCCAAUUUCUAUAAAUUGAGCCAAGAGUGGGGGUGGGGCAGCUAAAUUUAGACGAGAGAAGUCAGCUGGGUGCCGGCUUAUGUUUAAGCUGGGGUCAGAGAGAUAAGUGGAGCUACAUCGCCACAGAUAUUAUAGUGACGAUUUGGGAUAAGUCAUUUGGAGCCAUUGGAGGGUUUUGAGUGCGAAAAAUGACUUGAUCUGAUUUACAUUUUCAAAAGACCUUCAGGCUAUUCCUGGGAGGUGGGUUACAAGCCAGCAGAAGUAGGAACAGAGAUGCCCUUGGGUUUUUCAAUUUUGGAGGCGCCAAGUGAUGGGGCUUUAACUAGGGUGGAGGAGAAAAGGUGGGAUCCAUGAUAUAUUUUGGACAGGAGAGGAAACGUUGAUGAGGAUACAACAGAAUCCUGGAGGAUGGGCCGGGCGCGGCGGCUCACGCCUGCAAUCCCAGCACUUUAGGAGGCAGAGCCAGAAGGAUCUCUUGAGCCCAGUAGUUGGAGACCAGCCUGGGCAACAUAGUGGGACUCCCUCUACAUUAAAAAUAAUAAUAAUAAUUUUUGUUUGUUUUGCUGUCUAAGAUGGAGUCUUGUUCUGUCGCCUGAGCUGGAGGGCAGUGGCAUGAUCACAUCUCACUGCAACCUCCACCUCCUGGGUUCAAGCGAUUCUCGUGUCUUAGUCUCCCGAGUAGCUGGGAUUACAGGCAGCAGCCACAACACCUGGCUAAUUUUUGCAUUUUUAGUAGAAACGGUAUUUGCCGUGUUGGCCAGGCUGGUUUCGAACUCCUGACCUCAGGUGAUCUGCCUACCUCAGCCUCCCAAUGUGCUGGUAUUACAGGCCUAAGCCACCGUGCCCAGCCAGAAAUAAUUUUUUUUUUUUAACUAGCUGGAUGUGGUGGUGCAUGCCUGUAAUCCCAGCUACUCAGGGAGAUGAAGUGGGAAGAUCGCUUGAGCCCAGGAGGUCAAGAUUGCAAUGAGCCACGAUCGCGCCAGGGCAACAGAGUCCUGGUGCCUGAUGACUGCCGGCCUGGCACACCCCCGAGUGACCUCAUCGAGAUCCAGGUGGUGAAGGUGACGGACACCACGCUGGUCCCUGAGCCCCCGGAGCCAGGUUCUUUCCACUGUGCCUUGUGCCCUGCUGCCUUCCGGCUGGUUUCCGAGCUGCUGUUCCACGAACAUGGCCACUUGGCUGGGGCCGAGGGAGGCGGGCAGGGUGGGGACCCGAGCCGGUGCCACGUGUGCGGCCACAGCUGCCCGGGCCCCGCCAGCCUGCGCGCGCACUACAGCUUGCACACGGGGGAGCGGCCCUACCGCUGCGCGCUCUGCCCCCGCGCCUUCAAGGCCUUGGCGCCCCUGCUCCGGCACCAGCACCGGCACGGGGUGGAGCCGGGCACCUCUCGGAGGCCUCCGGACGCAGCGGCCGUUGCAGAACAGAGGCCCGGGGUGGCCCCGGAGAGGGCGGAGGUGGUGAUGGCGGCGGCGGCGGCGGGCGCAGCGGUGGGGAAGCCUUUUGCCUGCAGGUUCUGCGCCAAGCCCUUCCGCCGCUCCUCAGACAUGCGAGACCACGAGCGCGUGCACACUGGCGAGCGGCCAUACCAUUGCGGCAUCUGCGGCAAGGGCUUCACCCAGUCCUCGGUGCUUAGCGGCCACGCCCGCAUCCACACUGGCGAGCGCCCGUUCCGCUGCACGCUCUGCGACCGCACCUUCAACAACUCCUCCAACUUCCGCAAGCACCAGCGCACCCACUUCCACGGGCCGGGGCCGGGGCUGGGAGACUCUGGAGGCCAGCUGGGCUCGUCGGCGGCUGAGGGGUCGGGGAGCGGGUGUGGGGUAGGGGACCCUGCGGAGGAGGGGCGGGGGGAGACCGCGAAGGUGAAGGUGGAGGCCGACCAGUAGGCUGCAGACCAGGGACAUGGGUUAGUUAAGGCGGAGGUAGGAGGCCGACCCGGGGAGGGGGACGGGGGUGGGGAAACGGAGGCAGGGGACAGAAGAGGGGAGAUUGGGGGAGAGAUGACAGCUGCAGGGAUGGUUGUGAGCCACUAGUGAUGGAGAGCAGAGGGAGAGGGCCAGGCUCCAGACUCCCACACGCCCACACAGCACCUCUGCCAGGCCUAGGAGAGGACAGGUGCAGCUCUUGCAGCUCUGCGGGUGCGCGGCCAAAGGCAAGGCCCACGGGCUGGAUGUCACUUCCCCGACUGCCUCUUGGUUGGCUUGUCCUUGUGCAAGACCCAGCCUGUCACGACAGAACCUGGGCACUUCAGAGGAGGAGCCAGGAUCGAAUGGAGGGGGGGAAUUGGGGUCCACCAUAGUGUUCUGCUCUGGUCCUCCAUGGGUGGACCAGGAUGGAGUCUCUUGCCUACCUCACUGCAUUGCACUGGACCUGGGAUGCCUAUCCACCCUCAGGCAGAAGACACUUACCAGGUUAUCUGUGAAGAGACUCUGGGAUCCCAUCACCUCAAAGCCAGAGGGUCCCCAAGUCACCGCUGAGAGCACCUGAGCCUCAAGGAUGUAAGCCUGACCAUAGGAUCUUGACUCCAACAGCGGCAACCCCCACCCCCACCCCCACCCCAACCCCCAUUGUGGUCCGUCCUUAACCCAUCCACUCUUCUUCGGAGGCAACUGAGAACACAUAAAGCAAGCAGCUACCUAGCAUCCCCCUCCUAAAGCUUUAGACUCAGAGCCCAGGGUCCCCCACAAGCCUCAAGGUAGCCUAAGGUUUCUCUAAUUUCCUCCACUCCCAGUUCGAAGCAAACAGCUUACUGCCUAGUCCCCGCCAAUCCCAAGGGCGGGCGGGCUGGCUGAUGGCAGCAUGGUGGGCUGGCCUGGGUGUGGAGUGAAAGAGUCACUGUGGUGGGGGCGAGAGGAGGACUUGGGAGCUGGAGGUGUGACACCUUCAGUUCUGUUCCUAUUAAAGGACCUUCUGAAGGGC